AUGGCCCCGCCAAUCCGCUGCAGGCUGGCCCGGCACCUGGAGGAACUUCGAGAAGAUGAGAUGAAGAAGUUCAAGCUGUACCUGGAGGAAUACCCCACUGGAGGGCAGGGGAGCUCCUCGAUCCCCCGGGGCCAGAUGGAGAAAGCAAAGUCUAUGGAGCUGGCCUCACUCAUGGUUGAGCAUCACGGGGAGCAGGGGGCAUGGGAGAUGGCCAUCACCAUCCUGGACGCUUUGCCUCUGAAAUUCUUGAGCAAGAGGAUGGUUGACGAGGGCCCACAGCUGGAUCACUGGGUCCUUGAGAAUAACCUUUACCCCAGGCAGAGAAGUCGCCGUGCAGCCCUACUGGAUCUUCCUCACCCAGCUGUCUCUGGACAUAAAGGAGGCCCAGCAAUCAGGGAAAGGUACCAAGCCCAAAUGGGAGAGAAAUUCAGAAUCCUACGAGACCGCAAUUCUCGUCCUGGUGAGAGUGAGGCCUUACGACACAGAUUCACCCGGUUGCUGUGCCUCCCUGAACACCGUCAGAGGGAAGAGAAAGAACAUGAGCUGCUGGCCACAGGAGUGGAUCAUGCCAGGGCCAUGGAGAUACAGGGGCAGUUUGUGGAGGUGAAUGCUUUAUUCGAUCCUGAUCAGGAGAGAAGAUUCCAGCCCAAAACCGUUGUGCUGCAGGGAGCUGCUGGGAUAGGGAAAACGGUGCUGGCAAGAAAGGUCAUGUUGGACUGGGCCGAAGGAAACUUCUAUGAAGACGCAUUCCAUUACGUUUUCUACCUAAACUGCAGAGAAAUGAACAUACUGAGCGAGAGGAGUUUGGCUGAUUUGAUUUCCGUACAUCUGGGUGACUCACAGGUUCCCUUUGACAAGAUUAUGUCCCAGCCAGGCAAACUCCUGUUCAUCGUGGAUGGCUUUGAUGAACUGAAAUGGGUCUUUGAAGAGCAGGAAUCUGACCUGUGUCAUGACUGGAGGGAGUCACGGCCAGUGCCAGUCUUAGUGAGCAGUCUACUGAGGAAGAUCCUGCUUCCUGAGGCCUACUUGCUGAUCACCUCUAGACUCACCGCGCUGGACACCCUCAACCGCUUAUUGCUACAUCCACGCCAUGUGGAGAUUCUGGGAUUUUCUGCAGCUGACAGGAAGGAGUAUUUCCGCAAAUAUUUCAGAGAUGAGAAUCAAGCCACGCAAGCCUUCAGCUUGGUUGAAGAUAAUGAAACUCUGUUCACCAUGUGCUUCGUCCCACUGGUAUGCUGGAUUGUCUGCACGUGCCUGAAGCAGCAGCUGAAGCGUGGAGAAGAUCUCACACAGACCUCCCGGACCACCACGGCCCUGUACGUCAGCUACCUGACAGCACUGUUCCCUGCUUCCCAGGACCAUCCCGGUCAGGACCAUCCACCGGGACCAAUCCUGCGGAGGCUGUGCCAUCUGGCCGCAGAGGGACUCUGGACCCGGAAGAUCCUAUUUGAUGGAGAUGACCUCAGGAAGCACGGUUUGUAUGUGUCCGAUGUCUCUCCUUUCCUGCAGAUGAGCAUUUUUCAGAAGGACAUCGACUGUGAAAACUGCUAUAGUUUCAUUCACUUGAGUAUCCAAGAGUUUUUUGCAGCGAUGUUCUACACACUGGGGCCAGAGGAGGGGAGGAUGAACUGUCCAGACCCUGACUUUGGAGAUGUGAAGAAGUUGCUAGAAAAAUACCGGAAAAGCCAUGAGACGGGGUUUUUAACAUUAACGGUGCGUUUCCUAUUUGGCCUCUUAAAUGAAGAGAGGGUGAAAAUGCUGGAGAAUAAAUUCAACUGCAAAAUUUCCCAGGAAAUAAAAAGGGAAUUACUGCAUUGGAGUCAAAACCAAUGUGAGUUCUUACAACAGGGAACACUGUUUGAGUGUUUGUAUGAAAUUCAGGAGGAGGAAUUUGUUGCAAAGGUGAUGGACCAUUUCCAGGAAGUAGAUGUGUGUUUUUUCACCAAAAUGACCUUCCUGGCUUCUUCCUUCUGCCUGAAACAAUGCCAAAAUCUGAAGAAAAUCAAAAUAACUGCUGUCUAUGAAGAGGAAUCAAGACAAGCUACAGAACCUCAAACUGAUGAUCCGGAGAACAAAAGUUCUUUCAACUUUACUUGCUGGACAAAUCUUCUCUCUGUGCUCAGCACCAACCAGAGCCUGACAGAACUGAGCCUGCGUUUUCCUCAAAUCGAUGACUUGACAAUGCUGGUUCUCUGUGAUGGGCUGAAACAACCAAACUGCAGACUACAGAAACUGAUGUUGGAACGAUGCCAUCUCACUGCUGCCUGCUGUCCACAUCUUGCCUCUGCUCUCAUUAGAAACCAGAACCUGAUUCAUCUAGACCUGACAGGAAACAACCUGGGAGAUGGAGGGGCCAAACUGGUGUUUGAGGCCCUGCGGCAUGCAAACUGUCACCUGCAAUCACUGCGGUUGGAAGACUGCAGUCUCACAGCUGCCUGUUGUAGGGAUCUCUGCUCCGCUCUCACCAGUAACAGGAACCUGAUUUAUUUGCACCUUGGAAGAAAUGAGCUGGGGGACACAGGGGUGACGGCGCUGUGUGAAGCCUUGAAGACCCCGAGCUGCUCCCUGCGGUCACUGUGUUUCCUGCCUGCAGAGCUGGGCUGGGCCACGUGGCUACAGCUCCAGGUCACCGCCUCUGCCCAGGAGAGGAGGACCAGGCAUGAACCAAGGAGACGAGUAUGGUCACGGCCUCGCCGGGGUCUCUCUGUCAGGAUGCAGGACUGCGGUCUCACUGACGCCUGUUGUCCGAAUCUCGCAUCUGUUCUGCGCUGCAACCAGAACCUGGUACAACUCAAACUGUGGGGAAAUGACCUGAAAGACAGCGGGGUGGACAUGCUCUCUGGAAGCUUGAGGGCCCCUCAAUGCCGCCUCCAGGAACUGGGUUUGGGCAACUGUAAGCUCACAGAUGCAUGCUGUGAGAGGCUCUCCUCCGCUCUGGGCAGGAACCGGACGCUGAUACACCUGGACCUGCAGUGUAACUUCCUGACUGAAUCGGGGGUACAGCUGCUCCAUGGCAACCUGAGGAACCUUUCCUGCACCCUGACGAUCUGA